AACUAAACUUUCUAUGGGAAUAAAGUGAACCAAGAAAAAAAACUGAUUUUCUAUUAAAAUCUAUCAGCAUCAUCCAUUGUCUUCGCCCGACCUUGUUCUUCUCCUCGUCCGCGUGCUCCUUCCUGCCUUCUUCCCAUCCCGAAUUCACCUCGCCGGCGGCCGGGUCGUCGCACCCUCCUCCCGGCUCCCGCCAUCAUCGAGAAGCCUCCUUCCACCGACGCGCGUCGCUACGAAUUCUGCUCUCCUAGGCGUCGCCCGCCUGCUCCUCCCCUCUACUAGUGCCGGAUGUGCCGAUCCAUCCGGGCUUGGAUCGAUCCCUUCUUUUGUUGAUAUUUGAACAUAUUGACGUCCGUGUCAAUGCGAUAAGGAUUUGUGUUGAUUUGGUAUCCAAAGAUGGGAGACGGGGUGGCUUUUGAGGCUGCUAGGAAGAUCAUCAUGCACCCGCUUUAUGCGCCAAGGUCUUCACCUUGGCUUGACUUGAAGGUGUUCUAUGUAAGGGUGAGCAAUUGCAUGGCUGAUGAGUCGGCACCAGAGCAUCUCAUGCUCAACCACAUCCCUUUGUCACCUGAUACUGUUAUCGAGGUGAAUGGUCAGCGGAGCAGCAUGCACACUGAGUUCAUCUCAUCGUCACUUAGGAGGGACAGGGUUGACAAAAGGACCGAAGAAGCUACAUUUGUGAGCACGGAUAAUAUAAGGAUGACAGGGAGCGUGAGGUUCCAGGUGUUUGACAAGAAUGAUCUCUUGCUCACAGGGGACCUAGAUUUAUGCAAUGUAAAUGGAGUAGUUGGGGGAUCGAAGAACAACAGCAAGAAAUGGAAUAUGAAGUGUCAAUCAACAACAUCAUGUAAUGGCUUCUUGAAGGGAAGGCUGUCCACAGGUUCAGAAUAUGUACAUCCUGUGAUAGAGGUUUAUGUUGCCGGCACUUUCUGUGGCACACCUAUUAUAUUAACAAAGGCGAUCCAGCUUAUAUCACGGAGGAAGUCUGAAAUGAAACUAAAGCUUGAUUCCAUCCCUGAGAAUGAAGCAACUGAACAACAGAAAGAAGAUUCAGCUGAAGACUAUUUGAAGGUAUCAGAAUUCCAGGAUUCCAAAGCUGAGACGGAUGUGGAUGUUGACUAUAACAGUUUGUACUCAAGGCAAGACUUUCUAGAGGGCGAGGAUGGUGAGCUUUCAUGGUUUAAUGCUGGUGUCCGUGUUGGUGUCGGAAUCGGCCUUGGUGUUUGUGUGGGUAUCGGAUUGGGUGUCGGCCUGCUGGUUCGUACAUACCAAAGCACCAGUAGGAACUUCAGGAGGCGACUGCCCUGAUGGCCAAAUGUUCCCAUGGACAUAGAUGUGUAUUUUACCUUGCCCAUUUAGGAAGCUAACUGUCCAGUCCACCUUUCCUGUCCAUGCUAGUCAUAGAUGAGUGCGCCUUUUUGUUCUUCCAUUUCUGCAGUCACUCUUGGUAUCUGAUGCUUUCUUGUUUGUAGUGCCAAUCAUUUUUGCCCCUUGAGAUGUAAAUACGAGUCUGUAUAUCAAAAUAAGAGUGGAGUCACUUGUUGUUACUGUGAGCAUAAAGUUGUUCUCUCUGGAUUCUGGGGUCCGGAAUUAAAUGAGUUUUUUAAGGGGACGGAAUUAAAUGUGUUGAUGAA